UUGUGGAGCACACAUGUAAUUUGAGCUUAUCAGCUUUAUACAAGUUUAGCUCUUGCACGCGUAAGUUGGGGUGUAUCUCACGUGAAUUGCAUAUGUUGUCUAUGGGUUAAACUUUAUAAAGUUUAAAUGUCAAUUUGUGUACACCCAAAGUGAGAGGGCGUAGAUACUAGCUGAAGGCAAGUUAAAGGGCAAAGUUUAUGUAUUAUGCUAAAACUUUUUGUAAUAUGUGAGGAACAUUAUUUCUCUGAUUAUGUAUUAUGUAUAUAUGUUGAUGUGGAUACGUUUUUAGAGCUUGGUAAAUUUCUCUGAUUGCUGCUACCUUAUUCCCUAAAACUGUUCAUUUCUCUCUUUCUUCUUCGUCGACAAUGGCAACUGCAAUCCCCCAUGUUUCCUCUGAUAUAACCCACUCCACUGAAAUACAACGCGAUGAGGAAGAACAAGCAAAUUCCGCAUUCCAACAGCCUAAGAACGAGCCCGUACAUCUCCACCGAGCAAAUUCCUUACCCCAAAAGCCUAAGAACGAGCCCGUACAUCUCCACCGAGCAAAUUCCGCACCCCCACAGCCUAAGAACGAGCCCGUCCCUCGCAUUGGAAACGAAGAAAACAUAACUGACCUUGAAGUGAAAGCAAAGAAGCUGUAUAAAUUGAUGGACGAUGAUCUUCAAUUCAUCGAAGAGGCCUGCAAGAAUCUCGAAAGAUACAAGGCUGAGGUCGAGAGACAACAGAAGCGUGCGAAGGACAGCCUUAAAUCACAAGCCAUUUCCAAGGUCGAGAAGGUUGUUAUGAGGUUGAAAACGGAGAUCCCCUCAAAGGUGAAAGUUAGGUACUCGGUGCCAGCUGAUAGAGAUGAAAAGAAGAAAGAGAAUCUCCCCAACCACGAGAAGAACGAGCAUCUAGCUGGAGUUCAUUCUUUCUAUAAGAAGGAUCUGUUUAAGAACAAUGCGAUAUUCAAAGAAUUCGAGGAAACUUUCCAUCUCCUCGAUCUUCAACACAAACAAUGCCUGCUUUGUUUUGCUCUGUUCCCGCAGGAUGCAACAAUCAAGAAGCGGCUCCUGAUGUACUGGUGGAUCGGUGAGGGAUUCAUUCGAUCUGAUGAAAAUGCGGAGUCUGAUGCGGAGAAGGUCUUGAAGGAACUCACCUCGAAAAACAUCAUUCAGCCAGUUUACGACAAGUGUCCUUUUAAGAAAAAAGCUCAUAGCUACAAGCUGCAACCUUUGGCUCAUACUGCAGUAACCAUGCUAGCUGAGAGGGAAAAGUUCAUUGAUUUUGAUGAACAAGGCAACCCCGUGCGAGAGCAUUCUAGUUCUCUAAGAUCUUGUCUGGUUCCUCGGAAAGACAACAAGUUGGAGAAUGAGGCGGAGUCCUCCCAUGGCAAGAAUUAUAAUUCCAAUUCGCGAACAACCUCAACCUCGUCCUCAAGAUCAGGCAAGUCUAAACCCAUGGCUCAUGUGGUGUUCAAUUUGAAUGAUGCCUUUCUACAGCUUAAGCGCGAAUGGUUUACCGAGAUGAAGCAUGUGAACAUUCUUUACUUGGGAAGAUGGGAGAGCACAAGCGAGGAGCAUAUUGAGGUGGAGGAACCUAAAGAUUUAGAAGGCCUGGCUAACUUAAAGUACGUAAAAUUCCUGAGCUUGCAAGGAAUUUCAGGGAUAACAGGGAUCCCCGAGUCUAUUUCAAAGCUGUGGAACCUUAGUGUCCUAAAUCUCAGAGCUUGCCACAGUCUUGAGGUGAUCCCACAGGGCAUUG